UCAAUGGUACCCUUCCAGACAGUAACUCUUUCUGAAAGCCAUGAAACUUUUGCUCGCAAUAUUGGCAGUAAUCGCACUGGCUGAAGGGGGUCUGGUAUGGGAGUUUGAUACACCCCACUGCGACUUCUGUAAGGAUUUGAUCAACCACUUGCAAAAGCACAUGACAACUGAGACUGAUCCUUAUAAGAUAUAUGACGAAUUCUGCAAAAACCCGAUUGAAAUCAACAUGGGCCUGUGCAUGUCUUUGAGGAAAAAAAUACCGUUUAUACUUGAGAAGACGAAGGAACAUCUUGAACCGCAGAAAAUAUGCGCUGCCAAACUCAUCGAUUUGUGCGUCUAAUCCAACUAGAAGGAAGAUUACUCAAAACUUGCAAUAAACUUUCUAGAAAUUUUCUCCACCC